AUGACGGCCAACCUUGAGCUCCUGAAGAAGGAGACGGUUAUUACCGACGGCGAAAUCUUCCGGCUGCCCGCACUCAUUGCUUAUCGGGACCCGCGAAGACGAGGCGGAAGAAGCGGCGCUCGACGCCGAGUUUUGGAGUUGAUUGAUAAGCAUGGGCCGGGAGGUGACGCGCGCAACGAGACGGCCGUGACCGAGCGUCGCCGUGAGAUUGAUGUCUCGAAGCCCUUCUCUCUCGAGUCGCCUCUGCCCAGUCUUGUCAAUGGUGUACCUUUGAGCGACUCGCACUACGUGACUCCGAAGCCAUUCGGGCCCUUGAUUAACGGUCGCGAUAUGUUUGAGAUUGUGGCUACAAGUGUGUACCAUAAGGCAGGCUACACCACCGUCGACUUUGUGGAUGACUGGAGGCUUCAUCUGGCUAGCGGAGACGUCCAUUGCUUUGGUAAUACAUACCGCGAUACCACGCAGCCGUGGUGGUCGAAAUAA